AUGGCGGUCUCUGCGGCCUCUGUGACCGCUACGACCGCUACGACCGAUCCCACUAUAACGGGCCUUUUCCUUAUCACCACGCCGAAGACCAGGGGUCCAUUGGCCAAACAUCGACACCUGCUGGCGCGCUACGAGCACACCUUGUUCUCAGGCCGUACUCCGUACCGCCCCAAAACCAGCUACGUCAACGGCCUCAACCCCAAUUCGAACUCGCAAUCUUGA